AUGGCGGGCCAGGAGGAUGAUCCCUAUGAGUGGGAUGUCGAGCAAGUGGUGCACGAACUAUGCACCGAGGAGAAGCGUCCGUGGCACCCGAAACUCAUCACGAAAAGACCUGAUCCAGCAGCGCUCUCAAAAGCAUUAGUGGAGAACGAUAUUGACGGCGAAACGCUGCUCACCUACCAAGAUGUGAUGCCAUCUCUUGAUGGUCUUUUUCGGGACCUGGGUCUCAUUAAGACCACUCAUAAGAUGACAUUCGCGAAGGCAGUCAACUAUCUGAAGUCAAAGAGCCGCGGAUAUCGAGAAUUUAAGGCUGAUUUAGUGAGACCGGAUGUUGAGACACCAACCAACUCGCAAGAGGUGCGAGUCGACGGUGAUCAUGAGCUUGCAGUCCCGGCCCAGAUCACCGCCUCGGAGAGCCAGAAAAAGCCGCCCUCAGUCCAGGACGUCGAGAUACAAGCCAACCAAGAUCACAGCAGCCCUGCUACAACCUUACUGCAAAGCCAAGCUCUUCCCACCAAUGAGCCCGACACCGAGGUUUUGAACCAAAUUAAUCACCUGAGAACCGCUCAGAUUGAUGGAACGGACCAAGAGACAAGCGAACCGCCUCAGAAGAAGAGAAGAAUGGCACCGUCAUUGGUAUCCAACGAUGUCCUAGGCGUGGGAAAUGCGCCUAUCCGGACCGCCGCGGACAACCUUGCUGAACGGCUUUAUGGUUCAAAGAAUGCCCAGCCUCCCGAUUCGCCAACCACGAACAGCUUCGGGGACAAGGAACAUGACGCUUCUACGACAGAACGUGUCACAAAAGCAUACUUUGGACGCAAGGGGCUAAUUACCGACGGCCGCAUUCCGAAGUCGAGUCUCGUUCGGAACGCCCGCGAUGAAGUAGGCGGCGGCGGCGACGACACAUUCAAUCUAGUUACCAAAGGCUCAUUUCCCAAUGGCCGACGUCGACAGGUCGGCCGGGCAAUACGACGACUGUUCCGUGCGAAUAGUCAGUCACUCGCCAUGAUGCAGACCGGCCAAUCUCCCUACGUGGAACCGGAAGAGGAGGAUAAGAUCCUCCCCCUCUUUGGCGACUCAGACGGUGAAGAUGGCUACGACACUGAGACAAGGGAAGCAAUGGAGAACGAGGAAGAGGAGUUGCGAAGGGAGAUGGAAUUGAAGUCUCGAUAUCUCACUCCAGAUGACGUAAGUCGCGUUCUACAAGAAGUAAUUCAGCAAAUAGAAGAUUCUUGGGACGACAGAAAACUGCCCAAGAAGCAGCGGAAAGCCAACGAAAUUUGGAACAAAGCGCGCCGCCGUGGCCUCGUUCGACAAAUCGCCGCCGCGACGUCCACACUAGGGAAGCUCACCACACGCAUUGAGAAGCUUUGCCAGGAAAUCCGAAAAGAUCAAUGGCCCGAUGAGGAACAGCUCAGGGGACAGGCCCGCUGUCUCGAAUGCAGUGUUGAGGAUCGGAAAGCCGAAAGAUGGCUCCUCGACGUCUUACGAGGGCAUGAGCCUCCGCGACUGGAAACGAUGCCUAAGCCACGACUAAUCAUCAAGAAGCGAGACAUUUUGUCGGACGAAGAUGGUGAGCUCAUAACCAGUGACGAUGACGACGACGAGCUCAUCGUGCACGACAAGAUGGACUUUGCGUACUCACCGGCCUUGGUUGCGUCCCGACAUGCCAGCCCGAUGAAACUGGACAGCUUCGGUGAGCUGCCGGCACUGGGCUCUCACGGCUCAGAAGUACCGAAACACGAAUCUCCCGCCGAAAACCUUGUUGACAUUCAAUCCGAUACCAACAUCAUCGACUUGACAGCAUGUGAUUCCGAGCCUUUGUUUGAGAAGAACACCGGAGAGGAGACUGGAAGUAGAGUCAUCUGUCUCGAUACACCCGAAAAGCCAAGGCCAAACCCGACGCUGAUGCCGCCUUCUCUUCCCGAUAGUGAUAUCGAGGAACAGCCAAGUCUGACCCGGGAAGAGCUUGAGACUCCAUACAACCAGCCUGAGCGUAUAGGUGCAAUUUUGCCCAAGAUGUGGAAAGCAGCCCUGGACAACAGUCGGUUCCUGAUCUGCAUCAUCUGGCGACUCGAUGCACAGCGGAGGGAAGCGUUCUUCCGCACCAUCACCUCGAUGGCCCCGGCUGAUAUCUGGACCGAUUUUGUCAUGAUGGCACUGGAAGACACAGGAAAUGAAGAGCAGGAGUCUACACGCGAAAUGGGCACCGUCAUCGCCCGUCUAUUCCGAACUUAUGUCUUCGGCAAAAUGGUGUCUCCCUCAAGCGUUGCCAAGCCAAUGCGCGAACGGAAGGCCAGGACCAUCAGAAGCAAAGUAGAGCGUUUCGAGGGCUUUUGUGACUUCGUGAAGGAACACGUCGUGCCCCAUUUUCCAGAAGCCAUUCAGAUCACUGGCUCUGAUUCAGGAACACCUAGGAGGAAUAGGCGUAGAAGCCUUGACUCCCUGAUUGGUUAUAGCGACGACGAGAUCCUGAACUCUCCGUCUAAGAAACGGAAGCGGGUCGUGAUCAUUGACCAGGCAGCGAAAGACAUCCGAGAAAGUGAUCGCCAACGAAAGGAAGAACAGGAAAAACGGCGGGCGGAGCUGCGCAAGAAGCUGGCCGCAUCCGACACCAUCUCCAGUGACAAGUCACGGCUGAUCAUCAACGAGACCAAGGAAGACAAUCAAGGACUGAUCUACGUCAACGAAGACAUCGGCAAACGAAUCAAGAACCACCAGAUUGACGGCGUUCGGUUCAUGUGGAACCAAAUCGUCUACCACUCCAAGGUGCGCCAGGGGUGUCUCUUGGCUCACACCAUGGGCCUUGGCAAGACCAUGCAGGUCAUCACCCUGCUCGUUGCAAUCGCCGAGUCUGCGCAGUCUCAAGAUGCUUCCAUUCGAUCGCAGAUACCCGAAGACCUCAGACAAUCCAAGACCCUGGUUCUGUGCCCUUCCGUGCUUGUCGACAACUGGAUGGAUGAGCUGCUGAUGUGGGCACCUGAUGGGCUCCUUGGGCGUCUCUUCAAACUGGAGGCCAUCACCAGAGCUCCGGAGAGAGGCCCUAUGAUCCGUACGUGGGAUGAGGAAGGAGGCGUGCUGAUCGUUGGGUACGACAUGUUCAAGAGAUUGAUUGAUCCGCCCACCAACGAAUUUCCACCACCUGCCGAUGCAAAGUCGGUCAAGGACAUCCUCACUCAAAGCCCCAAUCUGGUUAUUGCCGACGAGGCCCACAAGCUGAAGAAUCCCGAGUCGAAGUUGUCGAUGGCCGCCGCGCAGUUCAGGACACAAAGCCGGAUCGCCCUCACCGGCUCGCCGUUGGCCAACAGUGUGCUGGAAUUCUUCUACAUGAUUGACUGGGUGGCACCUGGUUACUUGGGCCCCCUUUCGGAAUUCAAGGCCUGCUAUGCCGAACCCAUCCAAGCUGGCCUCUACGAGGACAGUUCGAGAUCCGCUUACCGCAAGGCGAAGAAGGCACUUGCUGUCCUGGAGGCAACUGUGGCGCCCAAGACAAACAGAGCAACAAUCCAGUCAAUCCUUCAGGAUGGCCUGCCGCCAAAGAAGGAGUUUGUACUCACAGUCCCAUUGACCUCGCUCCAAGCCAAGCUGUACGACUCUUUUCUCGAGUCUCUCAGAAAGGAGGAACUCGGCCUGGGUGGAAAGAUUCUUGGUGCCGUCAGCAACUUCUGUCUGAUUGCCAACCACCCAAAGGCUUUUGAGACGAGACUGAGAGAGGAGUGCAAACUUUUGCAGAAAAGAGACAAGGCGAAUCUUACCUUGACGAGCCAGAUCAUCAGCGAGGGCCUCAAGAUUACAAAACUUCAGAAGGACAUGUCUUCGCAUGUCUUGUCGUGGAAGGUGCAACUUCUCGUCGCCAUUCUGGACCAGAGCGAGAAGGUUGGAGACAAGGUUCUCGUCUUUACCCAGUCAAUCCCGACCAUGGACUACUUGGACUCCCUCUUCCGACAGCAGAGGCGCAAAAUUGCCCGGCUGGAUGGGAACACGCCGAUCAGCAUAAGACAGCAGAAUAUCAAGGACUUCAACAAUGGAGAUAGUCAUUUGUAUCUCAUAUCGACAGCUGCUGGAGGCACAGGUCUCAAUAUCUAUGGUGCCAAUCGCGUAGUCAUCUUCGACUUCAAGUACAACCCUAUCCACGAACAGCAAGCAAUUGGCAGGGCGUACCGUAUUGGCCAGCAGAAACAAGUCUAUGUAUACACCUUCAUUUCAGGCGGCACGUACGAACAGGCCAUGCAUAAUAAGGCCGUCUUCAAGACCCAGUUGGCUUCCCGCGUCGUGGAUAACGAGAAUCCCAAACGAUGGUCGAAGAAGGAGAACGAGUAUCUCAAAAACCGCGAGGAACCCCCGCAGCAAGAUUUGAGCCGGUUUGCGGGGUUGGACACUGUUCUCGACAGCCUGCUGAUGCACCCUGACCUAUCUCAGGGCAUCCGUUCUAUCAUCAUGACAGACACUUUCAAGGAGGAGGACACCAACGAAAUCUUGACUCAAGAAGACCUGAAAGAUGUAAAGGAGCAGGUCUACUUGAACUCGAUCAGAAAUACGGAUCCAGCGAAAUUCCGCCAGUUGGAGCUUGAACGACUUGGCAGACUCCACGCUGCACCGUCCGUGGUUGGGAUCGCGGCGGUACCCCAACCACCGUAUCGGCCCCUAGUUAUGCCCGUGAGCGGCGUUGAAACCCCAAUUCCACUCCCGGUUCUUCCUUCCACGGCUGUCAGUAACCCACCUUACAUACCGGGCCAGUCUGCGUCUGCAGCCGUGAAGAUUGUUACUGCUGCCCAGACACCGUUGACAACUGUAACUCCGCCUCCCCUGGAGGCCGCGGGUCUUCCAAACCAAGCCGAUGAGAACACGGGCACAAAGCAACAAGCUUCCUCACAGGCGGGCCUAAACGUCGCUUCCAGCGUCGAAAAUGCUGACAAGAAAGCGACAGAGACUCGAAGUGUUCCCCCCAUGCCCAUGGCUGGUGCCAAUACGUUCUUCAGGAACCAGCAAGAGCCAGUCACGCCCCCGCCUGCAGAAAAGUUUCUUCCAUCGUCCACGAGGAAGGAGGCAAAGACGAAGUCUAGCAUCAUCAACUGGCCAGAUCAGUUUGAGCAAAAAGUUCUCGAGUCGGUUGACAAGGUCACAGACCCUGAGUUGCUAGACGCUAUCGGAGCGAACAAGAAUGACCUUGCCAAACGGAUCGCCAGCUCAACUUGGCACAUAAGGUCCGAGAUGAACGAAGGAUUUCUAUCUGACAAUUCGCACAUGAAGAGACUGUGUAGCCUGAUGGAGAACCCCAGGUUUGCGGCGGCGGUUCUCACUGGGCACUUGCCUCCAGCUCAAAUCGCGCACGCAUCGACGGAGGCAGGACUCAACAAUAUUGUCGACGAGUUGAUAAAACUUGACGACAAGACAUUCCAGGAGAAAUUCGGGUUGAGAAGAGACUCGACCAAACAGCCCAACGUAUGA